UCAAGAUGACUGAGAUACAGAUCUGUGACGGAUUGAUGCCAACCAUCUUGUCAGUUCGUUUCUAUCAAAGGCCAAGAGCAGAGGUUCAGCAUGAUCGCUUUCGUUGCUUUGGCAAUCCUUCUGGCUGCUUCAUGCGAAGCUGCAGCACCAGCGCAGACCCAAGACCCCACCCGCCCACUCCGGUUGGAGAUCGGCCUCUUCGCCACUGAUGAGCUGAUGUAUGAUUUCGUGAAGAGGCACCUCCUGGACAGGCUGGGGAGAACCCCAGAUAUCUUUCAGGCGGCAAUGCUGUCCAAUUACAUUUACGGAUUACACACAGCAUUCAGUGAUCCAAGCAUUGGUGACCUCAACAUUCAGGUGGUCAUCACACACUUCGAGGUGGUACCAGAAUCUACUUGGAGGCAAUGGACGGAUCUCGGGUCUUUCUGUAAAUACGAGAACACCAAACAAGAUUUGGGUAUAGAUGCGGCCAUCUUGAUUGUAAGGCGAUCCGGUGAAUCAGCCAAGCAAGUCGGAAUGGGGAGGUCAGCUGGUCGUAGUUACACUGACACACUUGGCUCAAACAUGCACUGUGGCGUCAUCACUGAGGAUACCACAUUGUCGUCUGCCUAUAAAAGACUCAUUUCUCAUGAGCUUGGACACAUCAUCGGUCUCAUCGACCAGGGAGCUAAACUUCAAGGAAAAUUGAAAAGAAGUCCGUAUCACAAGAAUUUGGCAGACAAUAAAAUAUACCCGUAUGAUGACAUGCGCUGUUCGUCCAAUGACCUGAAGGCCAUCAUGGCAGGAAGUGGCGACACGUGGUCUGUGUGCAGCAAGGAUAGGCUGAGGCUCCUGAUGGGAUCGGACAAAAGCAAGGUCGCAGAGGGCAUGCAGAAACCUGCUCUCCUACCGGACACUCGGUGGUUUAUGGGAAACUUCAUGACUCAUACGGGAGAGCACUUGUGUAGGAUAAAUGUGGACAAGUAUGACGCGGAGGGGACAAAGAUCACGUAUAAGGAAGUGCAUUCUCGCCCCAUCUGCAGGUUUGCCAAGGGUGAAUGCAAAAAGACGUCCCCAAUCCCAGGGACCAACUUCAUUGGGGUGGCAACCUACGACGAUUCUCCAUUCGUCACUGGAUUCAGGUGUCCAACUGGGUAUUGCCUUUAUGGCGAUUGCCUCAGUGGUAAGCAGUUCUCGGACAAGAUGGCGGCCCUCACCAAAUCGAUAGUGAAUUGAGAAGAUAUGAGCUCGUAACUUUACAAAAUAAAGCUAUUGAAUAUUUA